CAGAAACUUGAGAGGUAUCUCAGGCUGUCCACACAGUCGAAUCUGCCCUGUACAAAUGAGUAUCUGAAAAAAAGAAAUUAACUGUGAAAACAAAAUUGUACACACACAUCCACAGCAGCAAAAGAACUCACAGAUGGGAAGAGUUUGUGUUUAGAAUCUCAGGAUACAUGAUUUUUGCAAUAGCAUUUAUUCAUACCUAAAUACAUAGAAGUAGUUGAGAGUUUUAAUGACAUUUGUUUGUUGUAUUUAUCCCUGUCUUGCUCUGCUAUGGGAGGAAGGAAGGACAAUAUGUGCAUGCACAUGUGUAUACAGACAAAAUUCCUUGCAGCUGUGCAAUAGUGUCUUUGUAUGUGAAGAAACACUGUUUGAAAAAAUAUCUGCAAGUUUAAAUGGGUGUGGAAGGAGAGAAGCGGAGAAGAGGAUCCCCAGUGGAACCAGGUAUAAUGCCAUGCAACUCAGAGAUUUUUGCCUUUAUGCUUGCAUAAUGGUUAUUUGUCUUUCUGAUACACACAGUUAAUUAAAGAACUGAAACAAUUUUAGAAAUUGCAAUAGAUGGAAUGACUAGGGUAGAUUAGGAUUUAAAACUUCAGCUCAGAUCCAUGUAGCACUAAUGCACAACGCUGCUACUCAUUAUUUAUGUUGUUAUGUAAAAAAAGGACAGUUGGAUUCUUUUGUUGCCUGGUGCCUAACACACUGUUUUGGGAGGUUUAUCAACUAUAUUGUGGAGAAGCAGUUGGUUUAGGUUGUAUUCAUUUCAGCUGGCAGAGAAGUCACUCAUCCAGAGUAAACAUGACUUUUCGGUAACAGUCUUGGCAUCAACUCAUGGAUAAUGACAGCAACAGGAAAGCAGUGCUUGCAACACUUGGUAAGAUAUUUGAGAAACUGUCUUACAGAUUUGCUUAAUUCUUAGUAUAGAAUGGUUGCUUCCUAUUCUAGUGUUUUGUGUGCCAGCAAAAUAACCACACUAAUAUUUGGUAUUUGCAGAGCUAAGUUUGAAUACAAACUAAGUUGUGAUCUGGACUGCUGUACUGCAGAACAAAUGCUGCUUCAGGCAUUGUUUCCCAAGUUAGUUUCUUCUAAUCAGAACAGCUUAUAAUAGAAGUAACAGCAAAUUUCUUUAUAAAAUAAGCUGCUUACUAUUAAUUUUGGCCUCUGCUUUUAGGAAAAAAUAUUUCAGCCUGUUACAUGAUCUCUGAGUUUUUAAUAAAAGAUCAGUCAUGAAGAUUUGAUGUGUGUACUUUUAAUGCAGCUGUUUUCUCUGCUAUAUAAGGCACAGCGUUGAUGAGAGGGGUCCUGUCUUUGCCUGUGAGUCUGAAAAGGCAGGUUUGCUACUACUACUGAUUAGAGGGAGACCUGAAAAAAAGUGUCCAUAGUGAUUAGAGAGUAAAACAGGAGAUAUGGGAAGAUCAAAAUGAAACCUCUUAGAAAAAGAGGAAAGUCACAGCAGAGAAGGGUAGAAAAACAGUGUAAUUGUGUGAGUACCACCAUGCCCAUUUCCUUGUGUGAUCUCAUUCAAAGCAGUAGUAUGGUAUUAGUUACAAUAUGCAAUCCAAAGAGCUUUUAUGAGAUGAUGUGAGAAGCCUCAUGUGUGCAGAGCCUGAAACAGCUCAUGAGGAAACAGAAGGAAAAUGUAUUGUGACAUCAUUGCUUCUAAAAUCAACCUUCCUGCAUUUGAUAGAGCCCCAUUUUUUUGUUCUCUGACUACAACUUUCCUAUUGAGUAAAGCCUAAGCUCAUUCUAGAGUUACUUUUCUGAUGACUCACAGGGGUGUAGACUGAAGGCUUGGGUCAAGCUGUGUUCAGGCCACUCCAGCUCUGUGUUACUGGCGUAGAUGUUUAGUUGCUCAGGGCUUAGAAGAGCAAAAUUUCCAAAGUUCUUGAGAGAUGGCUUUAGAGACAUGUGGAAGCUGUUUGAGUUGCCUGCUGAUACCUCUUGCACUUUGGAGUAUUGUUGUGAACAUCCUCCUGUACUUCCCGAAUGGGAAAGCUCUGCAUGCAGCCAGUUACCAGCUCCCCAGCUACAUGUGGUAUUUUGAAGGGAUCUGUUUCUCAGGUGUCAUGAUCCUUCUUUUGGCAGUAAUUCUGAUGACACUGGAGUGUAGCGUAUUCUAUCGGUGCUGCCAGAGUGAGAGCUGUAACAAAACCUACAGAAGUUUUAUUUCAAUUGUGCUAGCCCUGCUUGGAGUUGCUUUCUCAGGAUACAGUUGCAUCAUUUUUACCCUGGGUUUGAUUCAAGGCCCUUUCUGUAAUUCUUCAAGUGGAUGGGAUUAUAUUUUCAAAGACACUGCUGGGGGGUACCUCACAGAUUACCCUGCCUGGUCUCGAUGCACAGAACCUGCUAACAUAGUGGAGUGGAAUGUCAUUUUACUCUCCAUUCUCAUAGCUCUCAGUGGGCUGCAGCUGAUCAUCUGUUUUCUCAAAGUGGCUGCCGAGUUGAAGCGAACGCUCUGUGGGACCUAUUCUGUUUUUGUCCAGGCUGGGAUUCUCUGAAAAUGGGGAGGAAAUUGUCACUGCUUCUCCCCCACCACCAGAAAAAGAGAGAUGGCCUGUCCAACAUCCGUGGUGGUAGAUUUGAGUGCUACAAAGACAAAUGAAACCUUUCUCUUCAAUCUUUGUCUCUCAAGCCUCUCUGUUUUGGAUGAAGCUGUUUGAACUGUUUGACAUCUACAUUUUAUUUUGCCUGUCUUGUUGUCCCUGGCAGGGACUCUUCAGUUUUUUAACCUCCAACUUGUUGUCACAAUAGGGAUGUUUGAAUACCAUGGAACUACUUUUGUAUUGAAACCACCUUUCUUUUUUUUAAUAAACUGCUGUAGAACUGCUUUAA